AGUGACGACAGCAGCCGCGGAGGUCACUUCCUGCUCGGGUGGAUGAGGAGGAGCCGGCGACGCCGCGGAGGAGACGGGACCGACGAGCGACCGCGCCGGGGAGAGGAGGGUGAAAAUGAAAGCAGGCUGUAGCAUCGUGGAAAAGCCAGAAGGAGGUGGAGGGUAUCAGUUCCCGGACUGGGCCUAUAAAACAGAGUCGUCCCCGGGCUCCCGGCAGAUCCAGCUGUGGCACUUCAUCCUGGAGCUGCUGCAGAAGGAAGAGUUCCGCCAUGUCAUCGCCUGGCAGCAGGGAGAGUACGGGGAGUUCGUCAUCAAGGACCCAGACGAGGUGGCGCGCCUUUGGGGCCGCAGGAAGUGCAAACCACAGAUGAAUUAUGACAAGCUGAGCCGGGCCCUCAGAUACUAUUACAACAAGAGGAUCCUUCAUAAAACAAAAGGAAAAAGAUUCACUUACAAGUUUAAUUUCAACAAGCUGGUGAUGCCCAACUACCCAUUCAUAAACAUUCGGUCAAGUGGUGUGGUUCCCCAGAGUGCACCACCAGUGCCCACGGCUUCUUCCCGCUUCCAUUUCCCGCCUCUGGAUACCCACUCCCCCACCGGGGAUGUGCAGCUGGGCCAUUUCUCUGCCGGCCCCUUGAGCACUUCUGGCCAGGAGCCAGCGAACGGCAGUGAGAGAAAGGGAGAGCUGCCCGAGCUGGAGGACACCUCAGCCGCUGACUGGCGCCAGAACGUGGAGCUCAUGUCCUCCCGGAGUGCUGUCGCCGGAGGAGGGAUCGGCCCCCAGAAGCGCAAGCCUGACAUCAUGCUUCCCCUGUUCAGUCGGCCCGGCAUGUACCCUGACCCCCACAGUCCCUUUGCCGUGUCUCCAGUCCCUGGCCGAGGAGGGGUCCUCAACGUCCCGCUCUCACCAGCUCUCUCCCUGACGCCCAUCUUCUCCUAUAGCCCGUCCCCAGGCCUCAGCCCCUUCACCAGUAGCAGUUGCUUCUCCUUCAACCCGGAGGAAAUGAAACACUACCUGCAUUCUCAAGCCUGCUCCGUGUUCAACUACCACCUGAGUCCCCGGACCUUUCCCCGCUACCCGGGACUCAUGGUCCCCCCGCUGCAGUGCCAAAUGCACCCUGAGGAGUCAGCCCAGUUCUCCAUCAAGCUGCAGCCUCCGCCCGUGGGGCGGAAGCACCGUGAGAGGGUGGAGAGCAGCGAGGAGGCCGCCCCCGCCGUCACCACCCCGCCUGUGGCUCCUGUGCCCCCGAGAAUCAAGGUGGAGCCAGCGCCCGAGAAGGAAGCCGAGAGCCCCCGGCAGUGUGCCAGCAAGAAGGAGGACUGCCUCCAGGAUGAAAGCGCCGCGGGCGCCGAGCCCCACAGGACCAGGGAGGAGGGGAAAGGCGCUGUAUUUGCCCGCCCGGCCGUACCUCCUGUCUGGCCGGCCGUGCCCCUGAGCAGCCCCAGUGAAGAACCCUUGGAAGUGGCAGAAGACAGUGAGGACAGGCCUGGCAGAGAGGCCAGUGCCCCCGAGAAGAAGGAGGAUGCCCUGAUGCCCCCAAAGCUGCGCCUAAAGCGGCGCUGGAAUGACGACCCCGAAGCCCGGGAGCUGAGCAAGAACGGCGGCAAGUUCCCCUGGAGCAGCCCAGGGGCCCGGGGCCUGGCCACAGCAGCGGCAGAUGCCUGAGAGUCAUAGGGUUUGGCGCUGUCCAUACUAGAACCCAACGCAUCCGUGUAUUUAUGUAGCGAGAUCGGGUGGGUGGGGGGCGGGGGAGGGAGUUAGGUUGGUUUGAUCAUUCUAGAGGCAUAGACUUAUAUUUUUAUGUUCAGGGAGGGGAUGGGGCAUCUUCUGUUGUAAAUUAGGUGGGACAUGAACACACUUAACUUUCCUGGUGAGCAGGCUACGGCCAGGGGGUGAGUGGAGAGGAGACGGAGCCUCCGUUCCCAGUGGAAGCUCCCCCUUCUGACAAACUCCCAGGGGGCCAGGCUCAUCGGCCCGCCAUUGUUCAGGUUCCAGGUUUCUUUCUAUUGUAUUUAUAUAAGGAAAGCCAUCGAUGAAUUUCUCUUGCUCUGAUGAAUUUCUCUGGCUCCGACAGAGACCUCACCUCAAAAGGGGAAAGGGCGUGCUCGGGCUGAGCGGCGAGAGGCCAUGAAGACUGAGCCUGCAGUGUUUCAUGAUACUAAUCAUCUCAGACUGGCUGGGUGUGGGGGCAAUUUAGAUGUUGUUCCUUUUUCUCUUUUUCUCCUCCUUGUUUUACUUUAUUGUUGUUUGGCUCCCCACGCCCCUUUCCUUUUUGAAAACCCCUGGUUUCAGGAGAUGUGGCACACUGCCAGGGAGGGUGCACAGAGCUGAUGUCGGGACUGCCUGCGGCUGAGACCAGGAAGCCCCACUGAGAAUUUCUGGGACUUUUCACCGAUUAAGAAGCCAUGAGGAGUUCUAAACUCUUAUUCAGGGAAGAGAGAAAAGGGCAGAAGGAAGUAACCCAAUGCCUUUAAGAACAAAAAAAAAAAUGAUGUUCACUUUUCCUUUCCAUUGUGUGUUUGGGGAGCCAAACCAAAGCGGGACUGUGAUCACGUCGUCUGAAGAGGGAGCCAGGAAUCCGUCUCUGCACUGUCUGGUCUGUCCGCUGUUCUGAAGUCAAGCCUUAACGAUGAACACACUUUAACAAGAUACGGGUCCGACACCAGCCACCUGGAAAAGGGGUGUGGGCCAUUUUCCCACACUCCAGGAUUGUUGAAACAUGGGUCCAUUGGAAGGUGGCGCUUUAGCCAUCCCCUCUCACUGUUACUGGGGUGGGUAGCAGAAAGGCAGAGCUGUGGAAGUGACGAGCAGGUGAUAGCUGGGGGCAAGGAAGGUAGCUGGGGAUUCAGAUGGAUGUUCAUUUCGACUGAAGAGAGAGGUGGGCUGGAGGCAGUCUGGUAGGAGAGAGUCAAAAGUGUUGUGUCGAGGGGUUACCAGCUUCACUAUGCCCAUUUGCCGUGUUCAUGCUCCACCCCGUCCUCAUGCUCCACCAACUGUCCUCCAAUAGACU